GAAUCUCAAUUACAUGCAAAUGCAAUGAUAGGACAAGAAAACCAGCUACAACCCUUGAAUGCUCCACCAGCAGCAUUACCCCCUCCUCCUCCUUGUUCUCAUACACCACUAUCUGUCGGUACUUCAAGCGUGGAGACAUAUCGAUGCUCACCGCAGUCAGUCAUCACACAUUCUCAUGAAGACGAUGAGAGCAGCACUAGUGAUGAAGAAUAUGAUAUGCCAACUGAUGCUGAUACCAGCGAAAAAGAAAUUAGUUACACUCAUAAUUUCCAUCAUGAGCAACGUAACACUUACUCUUUCUUCUCUACGCCUCAAAGAGGAGAUGCAAGAUUUCUCUCCCUACAAACGAUUGCUACAUUCCAGAACUUGAAUGACUGCACGUUAGAGACUCACUACAGCACAACUCUAUCAACUGGAUUCGUUCACCAUUCGCCUCCACAUCACUCAAGUGUCCCGGCAUUCUUCAGUACUAGCACAACAGGGACUGCUAAUACAGCAGUAUUGAUGAGUGAUGAUGUGACAAACAGUCCAUCAGCACAUUAUCAUCCAUCAUCUGAUGAUAGACAUACUGUGACAGUACCUGAAAAUACGCCCAACAAUAGUCAACAACACUCAUACAGACUUCCUAAUGAUAGCAUGUGCAGUAAAAGCACUACAUUAACUAUGUACACAUGUCCAACCAGUCCCAUUGGUAGCAAUACAUGUAUUGGAGAUGAAGAUAAAGGCAGUGAUUCUGAUGAUGAAGUAUUUGUAGAGGCUGCAGAUAGUGAGUAUCAAACUGACAUAGAGGUGUGGGUUUAGGUCAUAAAUUGAAACCAUUCCAUACAAAAAUUAAAUUUUUAUUGUUUGAAAUUACAUUUUUUUCUGUUUCUUUUUGUUCUUAUGUUACAAUUGUUAUUUGUUAUGUACUCAUGCUUAUGAUUAUGUGGAAAGUUAGUUCCUCAGUUUAUGC